AUGGAGACAGACUACAUUCGCUAUGUUCAGAAAUGUCACCAGUGUCAGACUAAUGCAGAUAUGACCCGAGUUCCUCCCACCGAACUCCAUGUUACUAGUUCACCUUGGUCAUUUGUAGCUUGGGGCAUGGACAUCAUUGGUUCAGAAUUCUUGAGUCAAUCAUCACUGAUAACGGAACCAACCUAUAGUGAUUUGAUGAGAUCAUUGUGUGAGAAGUUCAAGAUCAGUCAUCGAAACUUGACAGCAUAUAGACCACAAAUGAAUGAAGAGGUUGAGGUUGCAAACAAAAACAUCAAGAGGAUACUGUGCAAGAUGAAUCACAAGCAUUGGCAUGAAAAGCUACCCUUUGCCUUGCUGGGAUAUCGUACUACCAUCAGAACUUCUACUGGGGCUACACCUUAUUUUUUGGAGGUGGAACUGACUGAUGCUAAAUGGAUACGAAUUCGGUCGGAGAAUCUGGCAUUAAUAGACGGAAAAAGGAUUAAUGUCGUUUGUCAUGGUCAACUUUAUCAAAAUAGAAUGGCCAGAGCUUUCAUCAAGAAGGUUAGACCCAGACAUUUCUUACUUGGGCAACUGGUUUUGAAGCGGAUCUUCCCAAAUCAAGAUGAAGCAAAGGGUAAAUUCUCACCAAACUGGCAAGGUCCAUACAUAGUCUCUCGGUUGUUGACGGGCGGAGCACUUAUAUUUGCAGAAAUGGAUGGAGAAGUCUGGCCCAAACCUAUCAACUCAAAUGUUGUGAAGAGAUACUACAUCUAA